AUGCAAUGGUUCAGUAGAUCCAAAGGCAAAGGCCGGGUCGACCAACAGCCCUUCCCUGGUGGUGACGAGGAUAGUGUUGUCAAACCACAGUUGGCUAUCGCUCAUUUUAUGCUUGGAAAUACUUAUCCUUUCACUGAAGACGACUGGCUUAAGACCUUCGAUCUAGCAGAGGACACCUCCUUAGAUGCCCUAGCAUUGAACUUGGGUCAAGAGGAAUGGCAGCUCACCCAAGCAUCCACGGCAUACCGUCUUCUCUCUUCUUCAUCCACCUCGACCAAACUCAAACUUUGUCUUUCCUUAGAUCUGAUGGUAUUACCAAAAGAUCCGAAAUUGAUCAUAACCAAGGUAAUACAGAUUAUCCAAUUUGGACGAUCGGCGCAACUCAAAUGGGAUGAUAAGAUCUUAUUGAGUACGUUUGGAGGGCAGGAUUUGGGUGAUGAUGGAUGGCGAGAGGUUAUUAGUGGAGUGGAAAGUAUAUUGGGAGAAAAGGUCUUCUUCAUACCUUCGUUCUUCCUUCCUCCUGAGGAGAUAUUAGCGAAAGACUAUGUGGAUGGGGCGUUUCAUUGGAACGGUGCUUGGCCAAUGAAUAACCAUACAACUAAUUUGGAGUCGGACAAACCAUUCCUGGAACACGAAAAACCAUACAUGGCUGCUGUAUCACCUUUGUUCUUCACUCAUUAUGGUGCAGAGGGAGAUUGGGCAUUCAACAAAAACUGGAUAUAUCGAUCCGAUGAUUUACUAUUACCAUCACGAUUUUCACAGCUCCUUUCUUUACCUCCCGAUCAAUCACCGCAAUUCAUCGAAAUUAUCUCAUGGAACGAUUUUGGCGAGUCGCAUUAUAUUGGACCUGUAUUGGGUGCUCAACCUGGUUCUGAUAGAUGGACGGAGGGAAUGGAUCAUGAGGGAUUUAGAGUCAUGAUCAAGUACUUCAUCCAGAAGUGGAAGAACCAAAUACAUCGUGGUCCAGAUAGGAAUCUACCUUCCGGCAAAGGAGAAGAAGAAAAGGAACGCGGGAAAUUGGUAAUUUGGUAUAGAACUCAGAGUAGGGAUAUGCAAACUGCACAGGAUAGGGUUGGUAAGCCUGAUCAUUCCGAAUGGGCCCAAGACCUCUUGAACUUCUUUAUCCUCCUUCCCACCUCCCAAUAUUCCACAAAAGAUACCUUCACCUUACAUAUUCAGAACGGUGGUCAUUCCCAUCGACCUCUCCCUUUAGAAGUCGGUACGGUCAACCUCAUACCUGUUCCUUUCUAUACUGGACAAGUAUCAUUCCAAGUGAUGAAAUAUGGUAAACAAGUGGUUAUCGAGGGUAAAGGGAUGGAUAUUAGCCAAGAAGGAGAAGGAGGCAAAGGGUGGAAUUAUAAUAUGUGGAGUGGGGUAUUUGAUGCUAUCUGA